AGCAGCUUCUAGGAAGCUUCAUUCUACACGCUGCUGCAAAAGAACGUGAGAGCUACCCAGAGGGACAACGGAAACACCAUGAAGACCUUAGUCUUUGUCACACUUCUGGCUGCAUUAGCAGUGAUAGCUCUAUGCUAUGAGUCCCAUGAGAGCAUGGAAUCCUAUGAAAUGACUCCCUUCAUUAACAGGAGAAAGGCCAAUAACUUUAUGUCACCUCAACAGAGAUGGAGGGCUAAACACCAGGAGAGGGUCAGAGAACGCACCAAGCCAACCCAUGAAAUCCAUCGGGAAGCAUGUGAUGAUUACACACUCUGUUCACGCUAUGCCUUCAUUCAUGGAUAUGGUGCUGCCUAUAAUCGUUAUUUCAGGCAACAAAGAAAUAACUGAAUCUAGAAUUUUGGAGUCUCCCUUUCCAGGGCCUGGAGCCUGGAUUUGUGUGCAAAUACAGUACUAUCAUGGAAAAAUAUGGAUCACUCGUUAACUGCAUGUUCUUUCAUCUCUUAUUUUUGUCUUCUUCUUUAUCAAAAGAUUAUUAGAUUCUCCAUUACAUCUUUCAAUAAUCGUGUAGUGGAUGUCAGAGGGGAACUGGGAUUUAUGCUUAUUGCACAAUAAGCUCCUGAUUUGAUACCUUUAUUCUAUGAGUUUAGUUUUUAUAGAAACUCUGUUUAGUUGCACACUUAACUCACUGAGGGAUCUAUGUCAGAGAGAACAUUGAACACAUAUAUAGCAUUAAAUAGAAUGGAUUUCUUAAAUUCUGUUAGUGAUAGAAUCCUUUCUAUGAACAGGGUUUGGGGAGGGAGGUGAGGAGAAAAGUCUAACAUACCAUUUAGGUAUUCAUGAUACUCUUUCAUCCCACUCUAUCAAGAAUUGGUGCUUCAUAAUUUUGGCUAAUAUAUUACUGAGUGUUUUGCUUAUCCUACUUUUAGAUGUCAUUAAUGUAUUUUAUAUGGGGGUGUCAUUGAGAAGUGACAAUGAUGUAAAAGAAGAACAAAACAUCAAUAAAACAUUCAAAAAUUUUUUAAAUGUCA